GUAGGGAUACAAACCACAAGGGUAGAAAUUGAUAUGUGAUCACAAAAUCUGAUCGGACCUUCUCUCAGCCAGAAACUAUAUAUCAAAGAUAAGAUGAUAAGCUAACGUGGCAAAGAAAGAGCAAAAAAGAAAAAUGAGAAAUAAAAAAAAAAAACCAGAAAAAGAAAAGAAGGAAAAACCACAUCGUUUCAUUUUCCAAACGAAAUUUUAGAUGCUGUUCUUGAACCAAACUACUUAGCCAAAAACCUCCAAAAGUAACCGGAAAAAGAAAUGGCUUCCCCAACUUUGAUCACUCCCACAACUUCCACCCCGAAGCCCCUUUCACCAAUUAAAUCCAAACCCACCACCAAUCCCGCCACCACAUCCACCGCCGCCGCCUCCGCCGCAUCCGCCACCGUGCCCCGCCGCAAUUUCUUAAAAUUGGCAGCCGCCGCAGCCGCGAUAAUCUCCCCUGCAUUGCUCCUUCCGGUGACCCCUGCUGCAUUGGCUGCGGAAGAGGCGGAGUACGUAAAAGAAACAUCGGAUGUAAUCAAUAAGGUGAGAAGCACAAUCAAUUUGGACAGAAAUGACCCCAACGUCGCCACCGCGGUGGCGGAGCUGAGAGAAACGUCGAAUUUCUGGGUGGCUAAGUACAGGAAAGAAAAAUCCCUGCUGGGUAGGCCUUCGUUUCGUGAUAUGUACUCGGCCCUUAAUGCGGUUUCCGGCCAUUAUAUUAGUUUUGGCCCGACGGCACCGAUUCCGGCAAAGAGGAAGCAGAGAAUCUUGGAGGAAGUUGACACCGCCGAGAAGGCACUAGCCAGAGGAAGAUAAAAAAUUUCUGCAGAUUAAUUACCGUUGUUAGUAGGGGCGCGGUUUUUUUUUUUUUUAUGCUUUUACCUUUUUGUAUUGAGUUAAUUAAUUUCACAUAUAUGUAAUAUGUAAUUCUACAAGUUUAAUUCGGAUAAUGGUAAAAUACUGAAUUUACAACGCACAUUACAUAAUCCUUGUGACUUACUGGCACUCUUUGCGUUACAUUGUUCGUUUCUUGUCUCGUUUUAAUAGUUUAACUUGAAAUUAUCAAUAUAAAUUCAACAAUUGGUUUUUAUUUUGUUUUUGCUAUCAACAUCAUGAUAUGAUUUUCUUAAAAGUUUGAAGAUUGAUUGAUUGCUAGUUUUUCAGCAAAC